AUGGCACCGAGCCACAUUGACAAAGACAUUACUGCAAAUUACGAGAUGGAGAACUUGGAGCUCGCAUCCGGAGGCUUUGGCAAAGUAUUCCGAGCCACUGACCGGAAGCAUCCGGAGCGGCGGGUGGCCAUCAAGUCAAUGCUACUUUCCAACGCACGCCGUCGAGAGAUGUCUGAGAACGAGGUCAAGAUCAUGAAGAGCUUGGACCAUCCGAAUAUCUGCAAACUUUUCGAGACGUACGAGAGGGCUGGGCUUGCUUACUAUGUCAUGGAGCUUUGCGAGGGCAAGGAUCUGUUUGACCAUCUCUUCAAUGUCGACUCGCCGCGGCUAGACGAACCGACGGCUGCAGUGGUCAUGCGACAGCUGGCCAGUGCGUUACAGUAUGCGCACGACAAGGGCAUUGCCCACCGUGACAUCAAGCCUGAGAACAUCAUGUUCACAUCCGAGGAUCCCAACUGCACGGACAUCAAGGUCAUUGAUUGGGGUGUCGGCCACGACUUCGGUGAGCGGCGCAUGCGGCACUUUGCUGGAACGCCCAGGUACUGUGCACCGGAGGUGAUGCAAUCCGAAAGCUUCUUGAGACGGCUUUCAUCCUACACGGCUGCCUGUGACAUGUGGAGCGUUGGUGUUGUCCUUUACGCCAUGCUUUCUGGUCGCUUGCCAUUCAGCGGAAAGCAAAAAGAGCUGCUCAAGAAGAUGAAGAAGGAGCAAUAUUCGAUGGCAGGGAAAGUCUGGCAGUCGAGAUCGCAAGACGUCAAGGAUUUGAUUCAGGGCCUGUUGAAGGCCGACCCCAACAUGCGAUUUUCCCCCAAAGACAUCCUCCAGCACCCCUGGAUUACGAACAGUGAGAGGCAUUCCGAGAUGCCUGCAGCCGUGGCGCAGCAAGUUCUUGACAACAUGAAGAACUUCAGCAAUCUUGGCCAUUUCUACUCCAUUUGUGUGGCUGCGGUGGUUCGCCAGCUUGGCUCCAAGCACUUGAAUGAGGUGCACCGCAUGUUCUGCAGCUUAGACCGGGAUGGAAAUGGUGUGCUGUCUGUGGAAGAGGUCCAGCAGGGCUUCUGCAACCUUUGCCACGGAGACUCUCCUGAGAUGCAAGAUUUGCUGAAGACCGUGCAGAUGCUCGACAAGGAUGGUUCAGGCAGCAUUGACUACAACGAGUUCUGCGCGGCUGCGGUUGGCGAGCGAAUCUUCCAGGAGGAGUCGUGGCUGUGGGCUGCUUUCCGUUCCUUCGACACACUGAAGGAUGGCCAGCUAUCAUUCGAGGAGAUUAAAGCCAUCUUCCGGGGUAGCGACGUGAGCCGUGUAUGGCAUGAAGACGUCUUGGAUGCAGCUGCCAGGGAGGCUCUGAAGCGCUUCGAUGUCACCGGUGACGGCGCCAUCGAUUUCGAGGAGUUCAGCCAGCUGAUGCGCCACCACACGGCAGCCAAGAAGUUGGCCGAAGCCGAAAAGCUCCGCCAGGGCUGGUCUUCCGAAGAGCAUGACGCGCAAGCCUCCUUGGACAAACUGGAAUUGCAGCUGCAUGAAAUGCAUCCCAGCAGCAUCGAGUCAGAAAUUUCCGGGCUGCAUGUCGGGCCCCGUCAACCAGAUGCAGGAGGCAACAAGACUUGUGAGCUUUACCGAAAGCUGUCCGUUCCCCAAGUGUUGCAGCGUCCUCUGGACGAGCAGGCAGAGACGGGAGCUGAGGUGCCAGAUCAAGCAAAGCACGGCAAUGCUUGCUUCAGUCCGCAGAUGCUGUGCAGUGCGUUUGCCGCAGUCGAAAGGGUCUCGUUGUGCAUCCGGAUGCAGCUCUCUCCACCAAGGAGCUUCGGCAAUGCCCGGCGCUACAUGACCUUGGAGCGCCGUGCCUACCUCGACGGCUCUGACCUAGGCCAACGGGCUCGUCCUGUCGAGCUGCAGACGACCUCACUGCAGCCAGAAGACUGUGCCGAUGCGCGUGCAGCAGCUGAUGCCCAGAAGAGGCGUGCAGCCGCACCGAAGAAGGCAGCGGAGGCCUUCCAAGGACAAGUAUCGGAUAUCGAUGGUCGCGGUCACCGCCGGACGCUGGCGAAGGCCAAGAGACGCUCGGCCACGGUCCUCGCUAUCCUCACUCUCUUCACUCGUGACUACAAGGUGAAAAUUAGCCGUGAACAGGCGCAAGGCGACUUCCAAGGCAGGGCCUUCUUUGACCAAAUCGUGCAAGCGGAGCACUACGCCAAUCUGAUUGGCAGAUCAGAGAAAAUGGCGAGCCUCUCCGAACAGCUGAUGUCGGUGCCAGAGGACGAUGACUUCCCGGACGAGACGUUGGGACUAUGUGGGAUGAAAGUAUUGUUGUUGAUUGUAAAGUCCAGGGAAUGCGCAGCCGUCGUUCGACCCACGCUACUCCUCUUCCAGAUCGCUGGCGGGAAAGUGCAGAUCGUUGAAGGCGGCACAUAUUCGGAUGCAUCCAUCUCGAACAUUGCACAGGAGGGGCCGGGAAGGGUGGGCAGCUGGGAAGCGACACAGGAAGCAGAUCCCCCACACGUCCCAGCAGAAGAGGAGUCCACCUCCUUCGGGCGACUCCUUCGCGAGGCCCAGUCAGCUCUCGAGGCUAUCGCAACAGAGGUGGGCUGUGACGAAGCCACCCAUGCCAACUGGAUUUGGCAUGAUGGCAUGAAAGUGGGAUCGUCAAGCCAGAAACAGGCAAAAAAGACGCAAUGUCCAGAGGAACCUGAGGCUGCGGGCUCCACCUCUCAGUCCCAGGUCAUGGCCAGGACCAGGCUUUUGCAUCAGCAGCUGGACCACCUGGAAGCUAAGUUAUACUCUCGUGACUUUUUGUUUGAUAGGACACGGUCUCUCACUGCAGCAGCCCAGAUCGACCAGCGACCAGGCGAACCGGCAGCGACACCGAGAACUGCACCGGCGGAAGAGCUCGAAAGCAAGGCUUGGAAGCUGCAGCGACGCGACCGUUUUGACUUGAUCAAAAGCAGCUUGGCAAGCCGGUUAAUCAAUAGCUUCUGCACUCAGACCGGUGCAAAGGAAACUCAGAGGCUGAGAGACAAGAUGUCUCUACAAGAUGGACCCGAGCAGGCUGAGAAACUGCGGGGGGAGCUUGAGAAGUGGAAGCGAGAAGCGGAGACGCUGAGGCCUGACGAGACGAUAAGUACGGCCAGUAUCGAGGGCGCGCAGGGCAUCUUCAUAGCGGAGAUGGAGCCCGGAUGCCCCUCCUGGCCCUCCGGGCCCUCGGCCGCACAGGAGAGAGGCAUCGCCGAGCAAGCCGAGGCCGAGGCAGUCGUUAUUGAUGGGCCAGACUGCUUGAUCCUCCUUGGCGUCGUCGUCUUUGUGGGCAGGAACCUGGUGAGCUUGAGUGCGCAAGGCAGCGUCAAUGCGCAGAGAGCGCAAACAACACCUGCUGAGUUCCCUCGCUACAACAGCUGCGGAGGCUGCGAGGAGGGCAACAAGUCUGACGACGACCUGAGAGAGUGCAUACAUCCCUGCUACAAUCUGAGCUUCGUCCUGAGCUGGGAGCGCUACAACAGGGACCACGAGUUCAGGCUGGUCUACUUUCCCUCCCGUGCCGGCCCCCGAGGAGAGGUGCCGGUGAAUAUCUCGGCUUGGUGGUUGCCGGCGCCGCCUCGAGGUGGCAAGCCCGCGCCGCGCAUUGUCGCCAUGCACGGUGUCGGCGCCAACUGCAACCACUGUGGUGUUCAGAGCACUUGCUACUUGCUGCGAUCAAUGGGUUUCAGCUGCCUCACCCCCAGCGCCCGGGAUGCCGGGUUGUCGGGACCCUCGAGCCAUCCGGACAUUAUGACCUGGGGUUACGACUAUCACCUAGACACUCUCGGAGGUUGGGACUAUGCCGUGGAGGAUCCAGAUGGCCUUCUAGGUGGCCCGCUGCCUCCCGACCAGGUAGGCAUCAUGGGCUUCUCCAAGGGCGCCUACGAGACUGCAAUUGCCUUCGGCUUGGAACAAAGAAUUCCUGGUGCUUGGCUGGACUCAGGCCCGUAUGCCGGGCUUUUUGGGAUGAUUGUGUCGACGGUUGCUCCGUACGUUGGCAGUUUUUUUGGAGACGUCCUUGCGAGAGGUGUAUUCGCCUCCGCUACCUUCUUCUCGGGCGGUCGCGUGGACGUUUACGACCCGUUGCAGUUGCUUUCCAACUGCACUGCAGGAGAGAAGAAGAGGCAAGUAUUGAUUGCCCACGGCACCCUGGACGACACUGUCCCGACACGGUACUCCGCGAUGGCGAUUGAGGUGUUGUCCGGGGAGCCACGCUGCUAUGAGGACUUUGGCUACCGCAUCUUGAGGAGUCCGUUUGCCGUGGCUGCAGGUGUCAGCAGGCCGUCCGACUUUCAGACAUCAAGACAAGAUGAAAGUGCUGCACUUUUCGACCAGCUUGCCGAUGUGGUUACACAGUUCCACAUGCGAUCCCCUGCACCGCCGCACAUUCUCGCAGAAAAGGAGAUGUGGGAGUUUCCGGACGACACCCGGCACAAGCUCUGCUCCUUCUGGAGCAAGGGGCAUCACACGCUCUCCGCAAUGUUUGCUCGACUGGCUAUCAAGCGCUGGGUGUGUUGCAUCGAUCGCAUUUCCAUCUACAUCUCCACGUGUUUGCUACAUGCUGUAUUGGACGAGACAGCGCCAGACAGUGCCGGGGUCGAUUACAGUAGGUCAGGGCAUGCUUUAGAUGCAGAUCCGAAGGAGAAAGCGCAGGCCUGCACCUCCGUCGACCGAGGUUACCACCUGGAAGUGUCUUUGGCUGCAGGGCAGCUGGAGCAAAAAGAGCGUUGCAUUUGCUGCACCGUUUCCUCCUUGACCAAGUCCUUGCAGGCACGAGACCAGAUUGGUCUGGAGCUUCCGGCACUUCGUGAUUUAGGGCGGGAUGUCGAGCGGAGCGCUGGGUGUCAUCAGGAUGCACGCAGUUAUCAGUCUUUGGCGGGCCCCGUGGCCGUAGUUGGUGCCGGUUUUGGCGGCGUCUCUGCGGCCCGUGAGUUGCAGCGACGGGCAAUCGAUUUUCGUAUCUUCGAGCAGCAGGGAGCACUCGGUGGUUCCUGGCGUUCCAUGGCGAACCGCACUUCGAAAGCCCAGAUUGAGCGGGGCACCUACCACCUGGGCCUCGCGGAUGGCGAGUGUCCGGCCAAGCUGCCGAACUAUACCCCGAGAGAUGCCAUGCUGGAUCAUGCUCAGGAAUUCGCGUCGCAUCACCGGAUCCUUGACCAUUGCCGUUUCCGUGCUGAAGUGGUUCAAGUUGACGAGGAGGCUCCCGGCAGCUACAACGUGCAGUGGCAGUCUCCGGAUGGACUCCGGCAUCAAGAAGGCCCCUUUGCAGCAGUCAUGCUCUAUCCGGGCUUCUUGCCGAAGCCACGAGACGAGCCCCUUCCCGAGGAAGGGCGCUUCCAGGGCCGAAUUGCUUUGGGUGUGGCUGACGACCUGUUGGACUGGAGAGACUGGAGGCACGUGCUCAUCCUUGGGCACGGCGCAUUCGCCGUGGAGAGCACACGGACCGCCGCGGAGGCAGGAGCAGCUUCCGUGACCAUGUUGUGCCGAAGGCGGAAUCUAGUCCUUCCACGUGUCGCAGCCUGGUUGGUGGAUGGAAGCGGGCCUGGUGCUGAGCUCGGCAUGGAUGCGCUGCUACACAUCACGCAGCCGAUGUAUGAGCUCGUGGGCUUGUCUGCGCAGCGCAAGGAGGAAGCCUUAAGCAGGAGUAUUCUGGCUGAUCCGAGAGGAAGGGUCAUGUCGCAGUCCAACCCGGCCAUCUCCGAUGUCUACUUUCUGUUGCAGGCACUUGGAGUGUUGGAGGUGCUCGUCGGCCAACUCGCCGAGUUGCUUCCCAGAAGCGCCAGGCUGAGUCUGGCGCAGGAAGCAGGCGGACGCUCUCGCACCGUGGACUGCAGCAUGGUGGUGAAAUGCUUGGGCUGGGAUCACUCUGCGCAGGACGCCUUAAAUCGGGGUCUACAGGUGCGGAGCCUGCGAGGUUUCUGGAUCAACGGGGACCCACGGCGCUUCGUCUUCAAGUUCGCUUCGCGGACGGACGGAGCAAGGAGUCUUGCAACUCUGUCCUUUUUCGUCCAGCUGCAGAAUGCACACGAGGCCUUCUUCUACUUCCUGCAGAGGUGCCAAGAGCCGAAGAUGCAAGAAGACCAGCUUUGUAUCGUGCAGAAGUAUGUGGCCGACAGCGACCGCAUCCUGCGUGAAGCAUGCUACGGAGUGCUGUUGGAGCUGUCGUUAUGGCUCGGCGACAUCACAGAGUUCACCAAGACCAUGGAUGAGCCGCAGAGGAAGGAGGUCGCAAAGCGUCUGGAGGAAGUCAAGGAAUCCGGCAAAGCUGCAAAGCGCGGCUACAGAGGGGAUGCCGCUGCUCCACAGGCAGCCAGUGUCAGUGCAGGUGAUCUCCUUGGCAAAGUCGACCCGUUCCUCAAACUUCCCAAAGGAUGGUGCAUCACCAGCGUCACCUCCAUGGAGAAGUGGAAGGAAAAGCUUCAGCAUCUGCAGGUGUUAUCCGAUAUCUUGGACCACCCAGCUGAGCAGCACCGUCUCGCGCCGGGCGACGGCUAUUCUUCCCUGGUCCCGACCAUCCAGCGGAUGAUCAAAGGUGAAAGCAACAUUCCAGUGCUCACCGAAGUAGCCAAAUGCAUGGGCUUGAUCUCCAAGGGUCUCCGGCGAAGUUUCGAGAAGCACGCCAAAACGCUCUUGCCCGUCGCUCUGACUCGGAUCACCGACAAGAGCGUUUGGAAGCACAACUGCCUCAUUGACAGGGUAGAGCAACUCUUGUGGUCCAUGCCUUACGAGGUUCUCCUGGAGGAGCUUCCGCCUUACAUUGGCUCCAAGAGUUUGUUCGUGAAGAAGGAAGCACUGAACUUGUUGCUUCGUGGCUUGGAGCUCCCACAAGUUCUCGAGAUCUACCCUGAUGCAAGUCAGCGGUUUUUCGCAGCGGUCGCGACUUUGACACUGCCACUGAUCGAUGAUUCCGACAACACUGUGCGACAAGAAGCGGCCAAAGUGCUGGCAAGACUGGUGGUCCAGAAUAAGGCUUCGAGUGAUCUUCCUAUUGUUGUAGACCGAAUUCCUUCUCAUCGUCGAGCUGUCUUCGAUGACGAGUUGAAGAAGAUCUCCAAAGAUCCAUUGCCGACAACCGCGCCCAGUCCUUCACCCAGCAUCAUGCCUGAGCUGCGCUCGGUACCAACACCACUCUCACCUCCAGGGAGGCGCACCUCACCGCUGAAGCAGCGGCUCCAUGCCGUCCCUGUGGAGUCACCGAAGGCCCCUUCGGAGUCUGCACUUCCUAAGUCCACACCACCCUUGGCUCAGGGUAUCUCGCCGGCCUCUCCCGACAUAAACCCCACGGGCAGUCCUUCAGAGACACCCUUGAUGAAGAAGAUGGCAGAGGAGAUCCGCAACUUGCGCUUCAAGGUCAAGCAGCUUGAGAUGGAGCGGACCCAAACGGAAGUGCUGUCACCGGCCCCGGUCGCGGGCGGGCCGGGCGGGGCUUCAGCCGGCCCAGUCAUCAGCAGGCUCCGUGGACCUUCGGCAGAACGGCUGCGCGUUCCUUCUCUAGAGCGCCGCGAUGCGACACCAAAGCGGGAGCCCAGCACACGCAGGGAAGUGAUGACACCGACAAGGCGACAGCCAACACCAACAAGGCGAGAGCCAACCCCGACGCGCCGUGAGGCACCCCUAAGGCGUGAGCCCACACCAACACGGCAGCGUGAGCUCGUGCUGAUGGCCAAGGAUCCCAGCAGGAGAGAUCUCGGGGCUCCAACAAGACGUGAGCAGCGUGAGCCCACCCCCACAAGGCGAGAGGCAACGCCGACGCGACGAGAGCAAACGCCCCGAGCUAGGCGCGAUCCCACGCCACCCAUGCGGCGAGCACCAACACCCACACGCAGAGAUGCUCGGGACAUGACGCCGACGAGGCGGCACACUCCGGGGACGCCCACCAAACGAGAAGACGCCAGGAUGUCUCAGGAAAAUUCUUACGACGACACUGCACUUCUCUACGGUGAGAGCGUGGUGCCCUUCAACAUAGGGCCGACCAAGCUAUCGAAGCAGGCCCGGCAGCAAAGGGAAAGAAGCCAGUACUGGGGUCCCGAGACGAUCCCAGCGGAUCAUUUGGCAUCCCUUCGCGAGCAAUGGCGUGUUUGCAUUGAGGAUUGGCUUUGGCGCCAGAUGUUCACAGACCGCUUAGAAGAACAGCUCGCAGGGUUGCAGCAUUGGCACAGACAGGCUGGCGAAUACAUAGAGAUCAUCCUCGAAGCGGAUGUAGUGGACAUGCUUCUCAAGUGGCUCACAUGGAUGCUGACGAAUGCCAACACCAAGGUAUGGAAGCUCGUCUUGGAUGUGCUCACGACUCUGCUGCAGAACUUGGAACGUAUGGAUGUUCAGCUCACGGAUCGCGAGACGCAGAUUCUCGUGCCAAACAUUGUCGAGCGGUCCGGGCACAACAUCUUGGUCAUACGUGAGAGCAUGCAGGAACUGCUCAGGAUUUGUGCUUGCGUCGCAUCACGGGGACGAGUGCUUCCGAUGCUGCUGCAUGGGCUGACCUCGAAGAGCAAAAGGUCAGCCGCGUGUAGCAUGCGAGCCAUCGGUGACAUCUUGGAUCGAGGUACCACGUUGGCACUGCUCCGAUCACAGAAGGAUCUCGGGCUAGUUCUGAAACUCACUGUCGACAAAGACGCAGAUGUGCGGCGUUCAGCUGUGCACACCGUCAGUCUCUUCUCCCUCUAUGUAGACGAUGACGUCUUCAUUAAAGUCUGCCGUGGUUUACCGCCACUCGCAAAGGGUCCAGUGCAAACAGCCGCCGUCCGUUUGCAGGUGCCCGAAGACGAUGACAGCAGACCAAUAGCCUAG